AAAAUAUUGAGGUAACAAAUGUUGGUUUUAGGAAUAACAGGAUCAAUUGCAACAGGAAAAUCUACCGUCUCUACAUUUUUGCAAUCAAUAUCUUCAUGGCCACUAAUAGAUACAGAUCUUCUUGCAAAAGAAAUAAUCAUGUUUGGAACAAGUGCAUAUAAGAAAGUAAAUGAUAGCUUCGGAAGAGAGAUUAUGAUGGAGGAUGGAUCGAUUGAUCGGGAAGCUUUAGGAAAACUUAUUUUUUCUAAUAUAAAUGCAAGAAAAACUUUAAAUAAAAUUAUGCAUCCAGAGAUUUUAAAAAUGACAAUUCUUCAAAUAAUAAAAGCAUGGAUAAGAGGAGAAGAUGUCAUAAUAGUAGAUGUGCCUUUGCUAUUUGAAAGCGGAUUUGAUUAUCUUUGUGGAAAAAUCAUUUGUGUUGCAUGUCAAGAAAAUACACAGAUGCAAAGACUACGAAAUAGAAAUGGUUAUACACAAGAAGAUUCAAGGAAAAGAAUUCAAAGCCAAAUGCCUUUAUGUCAUAAAAUUCAAUUAGCAGACAUUGUUAUAUGGAAUGAUGGAAAUAAAAAAGAUUUAGAAGACAAAAUUAAAGCAUUAAUAAAAAAUAUACAACCCACACGAGCAAGAUGCCUACUCGAAAGAACGAUUCCUGUACUUACAAUCAUAUCUAUUAUUUAUACAAUUAUAAAACGUUGGUUAAAAAAAAAAAGAUUUAAAUGA